UAAAAGCACCUUCCACCGGCCUGUUCUGACACUUCCCUGAGACACACGACACGGAGGAGGACCCGAUCUCAGAGAAGAACCUGAGAAGAAGCGCAGAAGCCACCAGCAGCUCAGCCCUAUAGACUACACAUCGCUACUGAUGCCGCGAUUGCACCACCUGUACCUCGCCGCCAACGUACUGUUGGUUGCCAUGGUAAUCCUAACGAAGGUGACGUCAUCAGCCGGUCUCCCUACAGCCAACCAGAAGCCUCUUACACGGAGGAGCAUCACUGACGUCACGAUGACAGAGGAGAGAACCCGCGACAUGAUCAGCCGGGCCCGCCAGGCGUGGCUCACCGCUCUGGUGGACGAGAUUCUCCUACCCGAAGGUGCCAACAGUAAGCGGUCAGGCAUCGACACGAUGGCGGACCACAGACUGGCCCACGACACGAGGACUGCUUGGCGGCGCCACCUGUUGAGAUAUCUGGUAACUGCAGAUCCCAGCAUCUCAUUUCCACAGCGGCCCAGCAAGCGGCAGAUCACGGACCGGACCAUGACGGAGGAGCGCAGCCGGGACCUGGUGGACAGGGCCCGCCAAGCCUGGAUCUCCUCACUGGUGGACGAGAUCGUGGAAGCUUCCGGUACCAGCAAGCGUCAGAUCACCGAUGUUGACGUCACUUCCGACCACAGUAAAGCCUUCACAGACCGCGAGCGGACCGCCUGGCUACACAGGCUCCUCAACGCCGUGCAGGGCCAGUGAGCGGAUACUCGGCCCAGUACGGUGCAGGACCAGGAAAGAGAGACCUCUAGCUGAUUAGACCGGUAUUGGACCCAGCCUUGACUAGUGGAGGUCGACAAUGGAACAUGGUUCCUACUUUCACACACCUCGCACCUGACUAUCAUGUUUACAUACCAGGGGGAAACUUCAGGGUGAGAGUAGACAUGGGGAAUGGCACUUCCUCUAUGGAAAAAAUGGUUUAAAAAUACAGAUUUUCUUAGAAAAUAAAGCCUGGUAUUGGCCGAUGUGAUAUCAGAAAAAUGAUCGGAAAGACUUAAGGUACUUAACGUACAAGAGCGACCACUUUCGCACAGAAGCACAAAGAUGUUUGUUCACGUAGUUUUAGAGAGAAGGUGUUUCUAAGAUGUCUGUUUUAGCGUUGAGAUCAAUUGUGCUGUCUGAAGAUCUUAACUGAACAUAUCAUUCAAGAGUUUCCAGAAGACAUAUUAUAUAUACCGUUAUUGUUGAUUCUCAGAAAGCUCUGUUAAGUAUGAAAUGACCAUUCGCUAUAACUCUUCACGUUAAGUCAGUUACUCAAACAAAGACGCCAAACUAAAGCAUUUGACUUCCCGCCUAUGAGAUACCCGUCAUGCCCGCUGUUAGGCGCUCCUGACAGUCAGUAAUAACAGUACAUUCCUGACCACGAACUGUUAACAGUAUGGUAUGUGUGGUGAGGAUACUGAAGCUGCACGGAAAUAAUUUCAUCAGGUUGGUAGAUCAUAGGACAUACGAGUUUUCUUUUACACAACCAGUUUUUCUC